AUGGUCUGUGGAGGUUUUGCGUGUUCCAAAAACUGCCUGUGCGCCCUCAACCUGCUCUACACUCUGGUUAGUCUGCUGCUCAUUGGAAUUGCUGCCUGGGGCAUUGGCUUCGGCCUGAUUUCCAGUCUCCGCGUGGUCGGCGUGGUCAUUGCUGUGGGCAUCUUCUUGUUCCUGAUUGCCUUAGUGGGGCUGAUUGGAGCCGUGAAACACCACCAGGUGUUACUGUUUUUUUACAUGAUUAUUCUCUUACUUGUAUUUAUUGUUCAGUUCUCUGUGUCCUGUGCUUGUUUGGCCCUGAACCAGGAGCAACAGGGUCAACUCCUUGAAGUUGGUUGGAAUAAUACAGCAAGUGCUCGAAAUGACAUCCAGAGAAAUUUAAACUGCUGUGGGUUCCGAAGUUUUAACCCAAAUGACACCUGUUCGGCUAACUGUGUUAAAAGUGGCCACCCAUGCUCCCCAUGUGCUCCUAUCAUUGGUGAAUAUGCUGGAGAGGUCUUGCGAUUUGUUGGCGGUAUUGGGCUCUUCUUCAGUUUUACAGAGAUCUUGGGUGUUUGGCUGACCUACAGAUACAGAAACCAAAAAGAUCCUCGUGCUAAUCCUAGUGCAUUCCUUUGA